AUGGACAACAACGACGCAGAAGCCGCUCCAACUGCACCCAACAUGCUCCGGCUCCCUGCCGAGCUCCAACUCCACAUCAUCCAGCACCUCACAUUCGGCGAGCUCGAGCACCUCCGCCGAACAUGUCGCUUCUACCGCGCCUUCAUCUCCCCGGCCGUUGUCGGCCGCCUCUUUGGCACGGCCCAUCGUCUGCAGGCCGCCCUGCUGUCGACCUGCCGCGACUGUCUGCGCACCGAGGACCCCGUCGCCAGCGCCCCGCCCACGAUGCUCUGGGCCGACGUCGCCAGCGCCGACUGGCCGCUCGCGAGCCGCUGCGUCGUGUGCGCGUUCAAGUCGCGCGACUUGUACGUCGACGAGCAGAUCACCUUUGCCGACUGGACGAGCGCCUACGUCUGUCGGUGGUGCGGCAUGCCGGUGCACGUGGGCCAGACCAGCGACUAUACGAGCAUGCAGGUCAAUGAGUUUCAUGUGCCCUGCUGGGACGCCUACAAGAGGGUGCACCACCGGUUCCUGCUCCUCGGUCUGCUGAGCGCCGGUGUGGCCGUCCUGGCGAGCGCCAGCAGCAUGGUGUUGGUGCCGCGGAACCUGAAGAUUUUGAUCCCCGCCGUCAUCAAUCUCGUGUUGGGCCUGCUAGUGUACGUGAUCAUGUGGUUCCGGACGGACAAGUCGAGGACCUUUCAUUUUGUCGCCGUGAUCGACGUAGUCAUCGUUGCCAUCUGGAUCUCGUCGCUCGUCGAGUUUGGUGCAAUGAUGCGGAUUGACAGGACGGGCACUGUAUCAACGCUGGCUGCCGUGUUUCUGGGCAUGCUUCCCAUCGGCAUAGCCAUGAUCGUCCGGCUACUUGACAUCGCUGGCAACAUUGUCCUUGCGACAGACUACCGACAUUGGCAGCGUCGAACACCGAGUACGGGCUGGGUCGAACGGACGUGGAGGCCGGUGGAGACAUUUCUGGUGCAUUUCACCUGGCCCAAGAUCACCGAAGCGGAAUACCCCUACCGCAUGUUGUGGUAUGGAUUCGGGCGACUGGGGGGCACUGUUGUUCGGAUGAGACAAUCGGAGAAAGACAUUGAGAUGGGAACAAUACCAGCGAGGCCUGGCAGCGCGUGA